CUGCCUCGCUCACUGAAUAUAACCAGUUGAUCGGACCACCAGCUAAUCUUGAACACCGGUCAUGUCACCGCUUUGUGAGCAAACAUCUGGCUGAAGAUCGUCAUCAGAGCAACUACCAGAAUGUAACCAGCAGAUGGCAAGAGACUCUGUUCUUUUCUGAGAUUCUCAAUCCCAUUUAUUUAGCUUGCUCUGGGGAGUUUUAUCACGCAACACAGGAAGCAACACUCUGGAGAUGACAGACGGCUCAGAUUCAGACGAUGACUCUAUAAGCAUGUUGCAUGAUGUCAGUGCCUCCAAAAUCAGAGGGGCCAGUGAGGACAUGGCCAUAACUGAUUUCAAUUCACCACUUGGCAGUAAAGUAAUGGUAAAGGAGAUAAAUCAGCUCAAAUCAGCUGAGCCUGGGAUGUCCACCUCCAUCCAGUCGACAGCAGGUGGCUGUGGAGAGUCUUCAAGAUCAGCAAAUGUCUUGCACUAUGUGAAGAUUCCAAACCUAAACAAGAGGAAUGGAAAGGGAGAGACUCUUCUGCACAAAGCAUGCAAGAGAAAAAAUCUGGCACAAGUCAGAAUGUUGAUUCAACAUGGGAUCAGUGUUGACACGGAGGAUUAUGCAGGCUGGACAGCUCUCCAUGAGGCUUCUGCUGCUGGUGAUGUGGCAGUGGUGGAGGAGCUAUUGCUGGCUGGAGCUAAUGUUCAUGCUAGAAGCAGUGAUGGUGUCACACCCCUGCAUGAUGCUGUUUUCAGUGGACACUAUCAGGUGGUGAAGCUUCUGCUUCAGUAUGGGUCAAAUGCCAGUGACAGGACUAUUGAAGGCCUCAGUGCACUGGACAUGGCACAGGAGAAGAAAAUCACAGAGCUGCUCUUAACUUCCCAAGCAUCUUCUGUUUCAAAUGAGACAUCUUGCAAAGCCCUUGCACAACACAGACAACCAGGUGCCUCAUCCUCAGAGCCUCAUCACCACCGGGAGCUUUCCUGCCAGAGUAAUUUCAGUCUGAGACAUGGUGACACAGUAAUCAUCCAAUCUAGAGAAUCAAGUAGCAGAGACAGAGCCAGAGAUUCCAGUGAUAUACAGCUGGGAAAGAAAGGCAUCACUACUGAUAAUGUGAGAUAUUCAGAGGUCAUAACAGUGAUUUUGGAGCUGGUUGGGAGGAAGCAAACAGAAAUGUUGACUUGGCCUCUGACAGGGCUGAAGGAUUCAGAUAUAUAUCAUGCAGCUCUGACACAGAUCCAGAGUGUACUGAUUGAGGUGCUCGCCAAGCAGCAUUUGGAGAAGGAUAAUCUUGCUCAAAAAUUCUGGAAGGUUUCUGACUCUCUACGGCAACGCGUGUUGAAAAGUCAACUUCUCUCCCAUGCGUCCUGUCAGAAGAUCCUGAUGGAAAUCCUCCAGAAGCAAAAAAUAUUGAUAAAGACAUAUGAUACCAUAAGGACCACUCAGCCUCUCAUUAAUCAAGGCAGCACAGUGAAACAGCAGCCAGAUCGCAACUAUGUGCAAGUGUCUACGCUGGAACCUUCUACACAUAGAGAAAGACAUGCCUGCAAUCAAGACAGUCAACAGAGGGAGAGCCAUAGAUCAGUUACACAGGCCAGUCUAAAAAGAUCAGCUCCAGGAAACAGUACCAAGAACCUUACAACACCAGUAUGUGAUUCUGUACUAACCGGGGGCACAAAGGCUCCCACACUCACUGAUGUACAGAAGGAGAAAGCCUUAAGGUGUCAAAGCACCCUACAAGGAGUCCUGCCAUCUGAAAGUGCUCUACAGCUGUGGUUGAAGGUGACACUCAGAGACUGGCCUUUGUCUUACCACUUCCUGAACACAGAAGUUGGAUUAAAUGCACUACAGAGACAUCUUGAGGACAGUGUUCAACACUGCAAGGCUGGUUCUUCUUGGGACGUACUAACAACAGAAGCAGCCAGCCUAAUGAAGAUCAAGGUUGUCCAUUUGGUGGAUGAUGAGGAACUACUGCCAAAUGCCAUAAUGGACUGCUACUGGGACAAACUUGUAAUGAAAGAUUAUUCAGAGUCUGACUGGGAAAGUGAAAUUUUGUAAUUAUCUCUCCCUAUGUUGGUCCAUAAUUGUUCAUUUUGAAAAUUUAACUUGGUGAGUUUUGCUUUUUCAUUCAUUGUUGGAUCUAUUGACUUGAUAUUUGGUGAUCAAUGAGAAUACAAUGACUCCCAGUGAUAAACAUUCAAAAUACACCUAAAGUAAAUUCAAACAUUUCAUGGUAGUUAUUCAUUUUUGACAUGAGUUUGUAAUUAUAUUUUUGCUUCAGGUUUCAUAAAGGCAAAUUUCACUAUUUCUUGGUUGGAAGUUCAUCUGAGCAGUGUUCAGUUAUCUAGUGUUUGCUUUGUUAAAUGCCUGCUUUUUUGCUGUCAUUUAAACCAAAUUAAACCAAACGAUAAAGAGAAUAAACGUUUUAAAUGGUGCCUGGUGUUGUGUGUAAACUUUUCCUGUGCAGGGUCCUGUGCUGGAACACCGUGUGCUUCAGUUUAACAGAGCUGUACAUGAUAGAAUGAUGGCAGUUUCGAUGAAAAUAUGAGAGGCGCUAUCCUAAAUCUUUAUUGAACUUUUCUUAGCGGUGUUGAAGAGUGGUAUUUAUCCGGGGAUGGGUGGUGAAUGCAGGCUGUGUGCUGGGGAUGUCCUGGAUGUGGCGGGGCAGUGGGCGGACUGCUGCUCAGACACUCCUGAGAACAGUCGCUCCAGUCUCCGAUGGCGCUCCUGGCAUAAGAGACGGAACGCAGGACCACGGCUCCAGGAAAGCGCUCUUUUCGCAUGUGGUUGUAACUGUGGGAGGAGUUUUCAUGGCGUGAGAGCUGCUCAAAGACCACCUUAGGGAGCAAGAAUGAAAAUAAGAUGCGCCCACUACAUUCAUAGAGUGAGACACAGGUGCUUCCUGCUUUCUCUGUCUCUGCUGUUGGUCUGUCUACUCAAGCUGGUCUACAUUAAAGGGACAGUGAGAGGCAGCGUCUACAUUGAGCCAUAUGGAAUUACUCUCAGCUUAUCCAGAAUCCACAAUCACGGGUAUGAUGUCAACUGCACUGCUAUCUAUGAGCUUGACCCUGUGGAGAUAGGCAAAGCUCAAGUGAUAAAACGGAAGGUCAUGGUUGACAUGGAUGAUGAUAACAUGAUCAGCUUGACCUCAGACUGCCAAACAUUUAUCAAAACAAGGGGUUACAAUGCGGUUCCAGUGUUGGAUGCAGAGCGGAGUUUCCCAUUGGCUUACACCCUUGUCGUGCACAAGAAUGCACCUAUGGUGGAGCGCAUUCUUCAUGCUAUCUAUGCACCUCAUAACAUCUAUUGUAUUCACUAUGAUCUGAAGUCAUCUCCAGCAUUUAUACAAGCCAUUAUAAAUCUGGCUCAGUGUAUUCCACAUGUGUUCAUUGCAUCCAAAGUAGAGUCUGUGGAAUAUGCUCACAUCUCCAGGCUUAAUGCUGACCUCAACUGUCUCUCUGACUUGCUGAGGUCAGAGGUCAGGUGGAACUAUGUCAUCAACCUGUGUGGUCAGGACUUUCCUCUCAAGUCAAACUAUGAACUGGUUUUAGAGCUGAAGCAGCUGAAUGGCAGUAACAUGCUGGAGUCCAGUCGUCCCAGUGAACUCAAGAAACAACGCUUCAGCUUUCAGCAUGAGCUGAAAAGUGUGCCUUAUGAGUACCAUCGUAUUCCUGUCAAAACCACAGUGGCCAAAGAUGUUCCUCCUCACGGCAUCGAGGUGUUCAUCGGGAGUGCAUAUUUUGUUCUGUCAUGGGAUUUUGUGAAUUUCAUUAGCAGCAGCCAGGUGGCGAAGGACUUUCUGGCAUGGUCUGCUGACACAUACUCACCAGAUGAACACUUCUGGGCCACUCUUGUCAGAGUUCCUGGGGUACCAGGACACAUUCCCAGAUCAGAAGCAGACAUUACAGAUUUGAGAAGUAAGACCAGACUAGUCAAAUGGAAUUAUUUAGAGGGAGUCCUUUACCCAGCCUGCACAGGUACACACAUGCGCAGCGUUUGUAUCUAUGGAGUUGCUGAACUUCGCUGGCUCCUUAACUACGGCCACUGGUUUGCUAACAAGUUUGAUCCCAAAGUGGACCCAAUCCUGAUUAAGUGCUUGGAGGAAAAGCUGAUGGAAAAACGACAGUAUGCGCAAAAAUGGUACUGAGAGGAAGAGGAAGUGGAGCAAGGAGACAGUAUUUUCAGAAUUUUUUGUGAUAUUAGCAAAGGUGCAACAUUACAGAAACAGAAAAAAAUGUGCAUCUAUACUUAGUACAUUACACAAACAGUCACUCCUGGGAUGCAGGAAGUUUACUUGACUGUUGCCAUUUUUUCAGCUGUGUAUUUCAUCAGAAGACACUGAACUUGUGUGUGACAUUUAUCUAAUGGCAUCUCAUCAGAUCAGGAUUUCUCAACCAAACAGAUGAUCAGGACAUAAAAUGUGGACAAUAAUUAAUAUAACUAUACUAUAAGAAGCACUGUUGGAACCAGUAGCAACAUGACAACACUGAAUUAAUAAUGCAACAGUAAUUUAACCCAACAAAAUAUGUUCUUUUACUUUUGUUUGAAAGGUACAUUAUGCUAAAAUUAAAUUUACUACCUGGAUCUUUACUUGUAAUUAAUUCACUUUACAAUGUGGUAUUGGUAAAGGAUUUGAAUAUGCUUUCAACUGUUGCCUAUCAGUGUCACUCUGUAACUUUUCAAGGUAUUGAAUUAGUAACUGAAUGAAAAAAGUGCCUCUGUUUUAACAUAGUAAUGGUUAUUUCAAGAAGUGUCAUUCUAGAAACAAGCCCAUUGGCCAUCACAUCCAAAAAUGUAAAAAGUCGAAAGAAAAGAGCAGAUAUACUCACUAACCAUAUUAUUCUCAUGUGUUCUGUAAGUUAUACUCCACCAAGGAUUAUUUAAAAAGUAUGAUUUGUGUGUGUGUUUUGCUUUUUUUUGUUUGUUUGUUUGCUUUUGCUGUAAAGACAGCAGUUGAUUAAAGCCUGUGAUCUCUGGUGAUCGUUUUUCUGGAUAAAAAUGACUCUUCUUAUUGUUCUUAUGAAUUGAUAAUAAAUUGUACAUCACGUCUCUGAACCAUCUUUGCCUUAUUAAAGAGUCAUGAAUGAA